AUGUGUGGAUCAGGAGUUCUCUUGCUGGUCUUGGUGGGUGGAAAUGCCCUUCUCGGCACUGUCGCUUAUCCACACGGUGCCGUUACAGAGGCAUGUUCUGCCAUGGUACCAAAACACGGCGGAUCCACCUCUGGCACUAACUCUGCACCAUAUAAGGUCAUUUCAAACAGCUCCAUCUACAGUGACGGAGAUGAAAUCACAGUGACGCUCCAAGCGGAUAGCACGGCAUUCCGAGGGUUCUUGCUACAGGCACGGGAGGUGGGAGGAAGCAAGCCUGUUGGAACAUUCACUGUCACCGGCGGCGAGGCCCAGCUUCUAACCUGCGAUGGCUUGGCGGGUUCAGCGGUUAGUCAUACGUCCAAACAAGAUAAGACCACGAUUACAGCCACAUGGAAAGCACCGACCGAUGGGAACCCGAAGAGCAUCGUAUUUAGCUGUGGAGUCUCAGGAGCUGCCUCUCGGGUCAACCCAGGCCAAGCCAGGGCCAAACCCACCUGA